UGUGUAUGCUGUGCUCGAUCUAUAAAAGAAGCAAGUAAAACGUUCGAAGGAAACAGUCCGUUAUUGGAAUCGAACACGUUUGCGGUGAGCGAUUGUGAAUUUAAAAAACAAUAAUCAUAAAAGAUGGUGAAGUUGUGGGGUCCUCUGCUUCUGGCACUAGUUGUCAUUUUGGCCGUUGCUUCGGUUGAAGCGAGCCACGAGACAGAAAAUGCCCCAGAACGUAGCAACCACGGUUCGCAUGGAAAAUGCGGUGGGCAUGGCGGCCAUUCUGGACAUCACCAUAAUCACGAUCAUGACCACGACCAUAGCCAUGACCACGGAGAAAAUCGAGGACAUCAUAAGCACGGGGAGGGCCACCAUCACAGCGCAGGAGAGGAGCCUAGCAAGGCCAAUCAUAAAGAACACCAUGAGGCAAAAGAUGAUGCCUGAAAAGGAGAUUAGAAACGAAGGAAUGAAGCCCUGAGAUUGAUAUAUCUAAAAGUAAAUGAAACAGUUUCGGUAAUUUUAGAACACGUGUUGUCUUUGAAAUGAACAUACCGCAAUAAAUUGAUAAUUCAAAGUGCAACAAUAACGUA